GUAAGGAUCGUCCCUUAUUGAUUCAGUGUUACUACAGGAGGAAACCUAAACUAAACUAACUUUAAUUAUACUGGAUAGCUCUAUCAGUUCUAAACUGUUCUCCCUAGAGGUCCAGUAAGAGCCGUAUCGUUAUAUUGAUCCAGUGUUACUACAAGAGAAAACCUAAACUAACUUUAUAAUCUAGGAUUAAACUAAACAGUAAAUUAAGAUUAAAGUUGAUCGGCUUACAAACAAAUCCGUUGUGUUGUUAUUUACAUUUGCCGUCUAAUUCCAUGACAACGGCAAUUAGAACGGAUGUAAUUUGAUACACUACAUUAUUAAUAUAAAAGCAUUGCAAAAGAUCAAGUACAUUGCAAAAACUUUUGAUCUUUCGGGGACAAAACCCGAAGACAUGGCAACGCUACACGAAAUGGCGACAGACAGGAGACGUUUAAGCCGAGGAAAGUUAAUUUCGGACAGCUUGAACGAUCUACCUCGUACAAGUCGCUACGCUUUUGACGGUUCGAAACCAACUUCGCGACAAUCGCUGCACAGUCGAUGCGCCAGCUUUCCUCAACGUUCAAGCAAAAGUCCUUUCUUCGUACGGCAUAAUCCGCAUCCCAAAAGAGUUAUCCAUCUGAAAGGACUACUAGACGUUCCCGUUUGUACGGUUAUCGACAGCAAUUCGCACGAAGACCCGGCAAGGUUUUUGGUGAGAACGCCGGCUUUGCCCAGCGAAGGACCUGCUCGACUCCGAGGGCUUCGAAUGCCUUUAAAUGCGACUUCGUUUGUAACUUGUAAAGAGAAAGCUGUACCAGGGAUUGGCUUGGGUAAGGACUCUUAAUACGUGUGUAUUUCGCGUAGAGUUUGAAGGUUUUGCAAAUAAGUUUUAUGAAGUUUUAUUUGAUCGGGAAUUAUCGACUUGCCUUUUGUGUUUGCGAAGCGUGUAACCAUAGAAACGUGUCUGACUUUUGACGCUUUUGUGGAUAUAUUUCUUGAAAUGUUUAUAUGAAUAAGUCAAUGUUUAAUUUUAUAGCUGUUAAAUGUUUACGUUGGAAAAUGCAGUCAAAUAUUUGUGGUUGGAUAGAAAAUAUUAUAAUUGGCAUGUGCCUGUUUUCGCAAUAUUUAAAAAAUAUUUUGACGUCUAAUUAGCACUGAAUAUUAAAAUAUAGGCCAGUUGGUAGCAUGAUGGAACCGGUGGGCUAAGGGGACUACGGCCCCCCCCCCUUAAAGUAGAAGUAAGGGGGCUAAGCCCUUGAAGAGUGGGGGGAUGCAAAGGUGUCAGAUUCUUUGCUGUCUGAAAAUUUGAAUGAAAAAUAGAAUUGCCUCGAAUGCCAUUUCAGAGACACUAGAUUUCAAAAUUUUCUGGGGAUGUGUGCCCGGCCCGGACCACACGAUUUUGUCUAGAUUCUCGACCGAACAAACCUGUUGCCUAUAUAUGGGUUGGCUGACUGAUUCGCUAAACCAAGCAAAGGGUGACUGUUUGAUGGACCACCCAGACUGACUUAUGCCGAUCAUUGUUUAACACUUUCCUUAGUGCCGAUUACACAGACAUGGAGAGAAGAGCUUGCGAGGUUAACAGAGGCAGCAGGACUUAGAAAACGUCAUCCAAUCAUUAGUAAGACUGGACUUCUGCAGCCACCAGGGUCACGGCAGAGUGACAGACCAAUUGCAUCAAGGGAAGGUGUGAAUGGUGAUCUACCACCAUCAAGGAAUGGUGAGAUAUUAAUGACCAGAAUUGUCAUUCCACCAUCUUGGCUAUAUACUCUCAUCACCAUCAUGACUAUUAUCAUCACCAUCAUCACUUUACUAUAAAUAUAUUAUCACCAGUCCGUCAUUACCACUGCCAUCAACACCAUCAUUAUACUACCAUUAUCAUCAUCACUACCACCAUUCUCAUCACCAUCCUCAUCACCACCAUCCUCUUCAUAACCAUUAUCAUUAACCAUCACCACCACCAUGAUCAUCACCAUCCUCAUCAUCACCAUCAUCACCAUCAUCACCAUCCUCACCAUCAUCAUCACCAUCAUCAUUGGCAUUAUCAUCACCACCAUCCUCAUCAUAACCAUUAUCAUUAACCAUCAUUAUUCAUCACCAUCCUCAUCACCAUAAUCAUCAGCAUCAUCACUAUCAUCAUCAUCAUCACCACCACCAUGAUCACCAUUAUCAUUAUCACCAUCCUUAUCAUAACCAUCAUCAUCAUUAUCAUCACCACCACCAUCAUCAUUAUCAUCACCAUCAUUAUCACCAUCCCUAUCAUAACCAUCAUCACCACCAUUAUCAUUAUCAUCACCAUCAUUAUCACCAUCCCUAUCAUAACCAUCAUCACCACCAUUAUUAUUAUCAUCACCAUCAUUAUCACCAUCCCUAUCAUAACCAUCAUCACCACCAUUAUCAUUAUUAUUAUCAUUAUUAUCAUUACCACCAUCAUCAUCACCACCACCAUCAUCAUAUCAUCAUCAUCAACAACAUCAUCAUCAUAUCAUUAUCAUCAUCAUCACUAUCACCGUGAUCAUAUCAUCAUCAUCAUCACCCUCAUCAUAACUAUACUCAGACUUCCAUCCCAUCAUAUCUCAUUGUCAGGUGAUAAACCCAGAACUCCAGGCAAUCAGGAAACUCCACCAGCAUCUCGACAGUGUUCUCGUCAAGCUUCAGACAGACCGCUGGAACACAUCAUCUCAGUGACAGACAACGAAGGCUGGGUAAGAAAAAUUAAUUCUUUCUACAAAUCUCUGACACUGUUCGAUUGGUAUCAGGCUUUAAUUUGUUUUGCUUAUGCUAGGUGAUGGAAACAUUAUGCAAUAUUUUACAAACGGAUUCAAUCACCGCUGUACAAUCUUGGCUUGUGAAUGCGCCCGGUAGAGGUAGGAUUUUUAAUACAUCUAUACGCUCGCGAAUAUUCUGCGCAAAACGACAUUUCUAUAUCUUGAUGUUUGUUGUGUUACUCUGAGUGUAUAUCCACACCGGGAAAGCUGAAAAGUUUGCCUGACCUUGGUGGGAAUCGAACCCGAUACUAGUUCAAUACUCUACCAACUGAGCUACGUGGCCAAGUCGGUUCCAGUUGGUGAUAUUUCGGAACUGAGUCUAGUUCCUUCGUUAUCAAUGAUAUUCUAAGAUAUGAUGCUUUUGUGUGUUGGUGUUAUGUACUCAGGUGAAUAUGAUGUUUGUGGUGUUACUCUGAGUGUGCAUCCACACCUGGCAAGCUGAAAAAUUUGCCUGACUCGAACCCUAUCGCCCAUAUUCUAGAAACUCGCUCACACUCAAUGAGUGGAGGUUCAAUCUGAGCUUCUCUUGAGUGUCAGUGCUGUUUCUGAAUAGUUGGAGAGUUAGUAGUCACCGAGUUAGGUAUGACACUAGCCCUCCAGUACUGGCACUCGCGAGAAGCUCAGAUUGAACCUCCACUCAUUGAGGUUGACUGUGUGUGAGCUUUUAGAAUACGGGCGUAUUUCUAUGUCUUAAUAUUUUCAAUUUCAGAAAAGGAACUUGUCCUAGAUAUGAUUCGCGCGAUAUCGACAUCAGACUAUGAGUUCCGCGAAGGCUAUCAACAGGCAGUGCGCUCGCCUAUAUACGAAGAUCAGUUACUCCAACACGAAAGUACGCUUGAUAUUGACGCCAUAAGAGAGUUUAAUGAAACUCAUGGUAGGAAAUCCAACAGAGAUCAAGAAAUUUUUAAAGAGGAGCGGCAAACAACUCCUGCAGUUGAAGAACUACAAAAACCAAGGUCCGAUUAUAAUUUCACCUUAGUGACACCGUAGAUCAAUAAGAGAUGGUCUUUACUGGAUCUUUCUUUACGAAGCAAAUUUUAGCCAGAACUGACAGAGCUAUCCAUUCCUACUGUAGUAACACUGGAUCAAUAAGAGAUGAUCCUUACUGCACCUCUGGGAAGAACAGUUUUAGAACUGAUAGAGCUUUCCAGUAUAAAUAAAGUUAGUUUAGUUUAGGUUUCCUCCUGUAGUAACACUGGAUCAAUAAGAGAUGAUCCUUACUGGACCUCUAGGAAGAAUAGUUUAGAACUGAUGGAGCUAUCCAGUAUAAAUAAAGUUAGUUUAGUUUAGGUUUCCUCCUGUAGUAACACUGGAUCAAUAAGAGAUGAUCCUUACUGGACCUCUAGGAAGAACAGUUUAGAACUGAUGAGCUAUCUAGUAUAAAUAAAGUUAGUUUAGUUUAGGUUUCCUCCUGUAGUAACACUGGAUCAAUGAGAGAUGAUUCUUACUGGACCUCUAGGGAGAACAGUUUAGAACUGAUAGAGCUAUCCAGUAUAAAUAAAGUUAGUUUAGUUUAGGUUUCCUCCUGUAGUAACACUGGAUCAAUAAGAGAUGAUUCUUGCUGGACCUCUAGGAAGAAUAGUUUAGAACUGAUAGAGUUAUCCAGUAUAAAUAAAGUUAGUUUAGUUUAGGUUUCCUCCUGUAGUAACACUGGAUCAAUAAGAGAUGAUUCUUACUGGACCUCUAGGAAGAACAGUUUAGAACUGAUAGAGUUAUCCAGUAUAAAUAAAGUUAGUUUAGUUUAGCUUUCCUCCUUGAAGUAACACUGGAUCAAUAAGAGAUGAUCCUUACUGGAUCUCUAGGAAGAACAGUUUAUAACUGAUAGAGCUAUCCAGCAUGAAUAAACUAAAUGUGAUUUAGGUUUCCUCCUGUAGUGACACUGGGUUAAUAAAAGAUGGCUCUUAGUGGACCUCUAGGGAGAACAGUUUAGAAGUGAUAGAUCUGUCCAGUAUAAAUAAAGUUAGUUUAAUUUAAGCGGGUUCCUCUCCAUAAUGUACUUUUUGUUCAUGCAGAACAUCGGCAUCCCAAAAUGGAGUGAAGGCUGCGAACGAUUGGAUUGCGAGCGAAUUAAAACCCAGUUCUCCUUUUAAACCUCGACCUGGCACAACUGACGCUCAGAUAGAAGGUAUGUAUUUACAGUAGGAUUCUAUGGUUUGUCCACCUUUGGGAAACAUGGCUAGGAAACAAUGUUUCCUGGUUUGUCCACCUUUGGGAAACAUGGCUAGGAAACAAUGUUUCCUGGUUUGUCCACCUUCGGGAAACAUGGCUAGGAAACAAUGUUUCCUGGUUUGUCCACCUUUGGGAAACAUGGCUAGGAAACAAUGUUUCCUGGUUUGUCCACCUUUGGGAAACAUGGCUAGGAAACAAUGUUUCCUGGUUUGUCCACCUUUGGGAAACAUGGCUAGGAAACAAUGUUUCCUGGUUUGUCCACCUUUGGGAAACAUGGCUAGGAAACAAUGGUUUGCCCACCUUCGGGAAAACACUCCUACGUGUGUUUUAAAUAGUACUUCAAACAUUUAUUAUAGUAAUCAAAUUGCUUGCCGCUCAUUCUUGAGCUAAAAUUCAGAGCGCGUCUUUGAACUGGCCUCGUCAUAGAUCUAGGCCUUUCUAAUGAGUCUAGGAAGACGUAACAGACGAUAUUUGACAAUUGUUUUGUUUUAGAAAUACGCAGUAAACUCGAGUCGCGUUGUUCACCUCGCGUGUUCUCGCAUCAAAGCCGCGUGCCUCCUUCCCGACAUUCAUCGCGUGCCGUCUCACAACAAAGUGUAUACGUUCCUCCAGCCCAGUCCCUGGACGCCGCGGCGCAGAGACCGCCCACUCACCAGUCCAUCAAGUCACAACAGAGCGUUCUGAAAAGCAUAUUGGAAUAUAAACCCGAAAAAGAAUAAUGACAAAUCGAGGUCUCACUUCAAGCUAAUUUAGCAUAAAGGAUUUUUGCAGUCCGCCUUGUUCUUAACAAGCGCCCUAAAGAGAGGCCGUCACCCCCCUGAAAACAUGUUGAAAUUUAAUGUUCCAGGGGGGUGAGUGCAUCUCUUUAGGGCACAUGGCCGCAAAACUCGUAAAAAUAUCGCGCGCAACAGGUUUGUAGCAAGCUUGUCAACAAGUUGUAACAAUGCUGUUAUUUUAUCAAGUUGCUACAAGGUCGUCACUCAGACACUCAAACUUGUUGCCAAAUUGUUGAAUUGCAGGACGAGAACUUGGAACACCUUGUAACAAGUCUAUUGAGCUCAACAACCUUGUAGCAAGAUGUCAACAAGCUGGGAACAAGCAGUGCGAACACAUCCUGUUGACAAGUUGUUGGAAUAGCAUUGCUACAAGUCUGCAGCAGGUUUGUUACAACUUGUGCGUUUUUACGUGUGUCCCCUACAGCAGUUUUUUUGCGAAGUGAGACCUCUGUAUGUAAUUACUCUGUGAACCGGUGAUCGACUCUACAGACGCAAAAAUCUCACAUCUUGUAGCAAGUCUGCCAACAAGCCGUCAACAAGUUGUGUUCGCACUGCUUGUCCCAAGUUGUCAACAAGUUUGGAACAAGCGUUAACAGCUUGUAACAACCUUGUUGAUAUCAUCAGACUUGUUGCAAGGUUGUUCCAACAAGUCCGAUACAGUCAUGAUAUAACAGUAUAACAAUAUUGUUACAACCUUGUGUCAUAGACCUUGUAACAUUCUUGUUAUAUCAUAACUGUAUCGGACUUGUUGGAACAACCUAGUAACAAGUCUGAUAAUGCCAUCAAGCUUGUUACAAGUUGUUAACAACUUGUUACAACAACUGGGAACAAGCAGUGCGAACACAACUUGUCGACAGCUUGUGAACAGAUUUGUAACAACUUGUUUGCAAACCUGUAACAACUUGUGCGUUUUAACGUGUAUACAUUUAUCACAACUUGUCAACAAGAUGUGUUCGCAACAGGCUUGUAGCAAGAUUGUCAACAAAUUGUAUCAAUGUUGUUAGUUUAUCAAAUUGCUACAUGCUUGUCACUCACAAACUGUCAACAAGUUGUUGACUUGCAGGACGAUAACAAGUUGUUGGAACAACUUGUAACAAAUCUGUCGAGUUUAACAACCUUGUAGCGAGCUUGUCAACAAGUUGUAACAAUGUUGUUAGAUUAUCAAGUUGCUACAAGGCUGUCACUCACAAUGUGUUGAAUUGCAGGACGAUAACAAGUUGUUUGAAGAACUCGUAACAAGUCUGAUGAGUCAACAACCUUGCAAACAAGUUUGAAUUGAAUUGUGUUUUUUUAAAACUGCGUAAAAAUCUCAGCUUGUCAACAAGAUGUGUUCCCAGUUGUUGACAAGUCUGGAACAAGUUGUUAUCAUCUUGUAACAAGGUUGACGAGGCCAACAGACUCGCAACAAGUUGUUCCAACAAGUCUGAUAUCGUCUGCACGUAACAAGUUGUUAACAAGUUGAUGACAACAAGCUCGUAGCAACUUGUUACGAACAGCCUGUAUUAGUCUUGUUGGAACAA